AACCCCUAUUCCCACAGGUUGGACCAUUCCUUGAAAGUGCAACGAGACAAUCCAUUCCCUCCCCUAGAGGUUCAGCCCACCCCGGAGGUGAAUGUAAGUGCUCUGAUAGUGGAUUGCACUGAGCCCCGGCUGUCCCCCCCCCCCUGCACCUCACAAGUGCUGAGAUCCGGACGAGUCCGCCUAUCAUUAUAAUGGGUGUGUGUGUGACAGCUCUUACUGCGCCACAAACCACAAGGGAACCAAUAGGAAGCUUUUGUUAUCGCAGCCAAUUCCCCGCUCAGCCCUCCCAAGUGUGAGCGCCUGUGCCCCUCUCUAUCAAAUGAUUCACUGCAACGUGGUGUAAAAACUCUUCCGGGUUCCCCAUCCCAUUUCCUGCGCUGGGCAAACACAGGGAACAGCGGGAGCUGCGAGGAGAGUGGGAGAGCCGACCCGUCUGUGCUCGCGUAGCCACGGAAUCCCCCUUGUGUCCUGACAGGGGUCGGGAGCCUCCCACCACCACCUGCUGGAGGAAGCGGCCACCAGGAGGGAUCUGUACACAGCGUGCGGGACACCAUGAAGGUUCUGCUGCUCUCGGUGCUGGUCUGUCUGCUCUUAUAUCAUGAAGCCCUCGGGAUCCCAUUGGAAAAGCGAAAAAUGGAACCUUCCACCGUAGUUAGUCAAGGGGGCAACAGCACCGCGGAAAGCCCGUCACUCCGGGACAACUCCACGGAGAAGGUGUCCCGAUUCAAUGUCAUCGAGAAGUACAUGCCCACCAUCAAGAACGUCUUCAUCUUCGUGUGUGGCCUGAGCACCUUCCUCAUCUUGUGUCUGGUCAUCAAGAUAUUCAGGUCUGGAAAAAGAAUAAGAAAAACUCGCAAAUAUGACAUAAUUACAACUCCUGCUGAACGGGUAGAAAUGGCGCCUCUAAAUGAUGAUAACUAUGAGGAUGAAGAUGCAACAGUAUUUGACAUAAAAUACAGAUACAGGUAAAUGUAUUUGAUCUCCUAACAUCUGGUCACCAAAAAUUACACUGAAGCCAAAUAUCUGAAGUGGAGGUUUCUUUUCUCAUUCCCAAAGACAUAAUACCAAACCACUCCAAUCUACAUGCGGCACGAUGUGGCAAGAAAUGAGAAAGCAUCGUCUGUGUCCAACACCUAUCUGUUUAUUUGUAUUAAAAGCCCUGGGGACUUCACAGUCAAAAGAGAGAAUUAUGGGCCUCCCUAUUUCAGACUAAUUUUUUUUUUUCAACAUGCCAAAGAGGAAUUGUGGCUUUUGUGUUAAGAUAUUAUGUGACUCAGUGACUGCAUUAAUUACAGGAAACAUUCCAAAGUCAAUAAGCCCUUCAGGUAAAACUCCAAUCAGUUCUUUUCUUUUUCUCCCCCCCUUUCAUGUAAUAAUUAAUUACGCCUCCCACACCAUGGUCUACAGUCAUCUGCUGUGACUUAAAUCCUUUACAAGGGCUAAACAAACUCACGGAGAUAACAUCCAGAUGACAAGCUCACCAAUUACAAAGUUCCUCUGAAAAUAGAACACACAAAUAGAUGGUUCCUGCAUGGAUUAACCUGUUGGUGGAUCUCCACCAACGUCUCAAGGCUUUUAAACCACGGACCAGUUUAUCAUCAUUUUGUUUUACUGUGCGUGUAAACCGAGCUUGUCUCUGCUUUUGUAUUUAAGAGAUGAUGUGGGAUGGAAGGAGAUAUUUCAAUGAAUUGUCUGGGUUGGCUUUUGAAGCUUACUUCUGAUUACAAUAAUGAAAAUGCACUUUUAUGAAAAUAUUUGCUUUUUGAGUAUAUACUGUUACCAAUUCAGUGCAUAGGUGUCCUGUUCAAAAAUAGAGAAAGAAAAGCUUUGUGCACAGGAUUCUGAACAUGGCUAUCAGAGACGAUCUUUUCCAAGAACAACUAGGUUUGUCUCAGGGGAACUGCUGUACAUUCUCUUGAUUCUGGGAUUGAAUACUUAUGUAGGAGCAAAAAUUUGAGAUAUCAAAUAUAUUGGGUGUGUUAAAAAUGCUUCACUCCCAUUUUCCCUAGGCCCUGCUCACUUCUCGGAAUCAGAAAGUCCAUUUCUGUGCCUCCUGAUUUCUUAUAUGCAAAAACAAGCCCCUUACUUUUUGUAGGGGCAUUAUCUGGGAUGAAUUAACCGUAGCUUUAAGGCAAACUUUGAUCGGUUCCUCAGUUGGUUUUACAGAAAAGAUUUAAAACACAGUGGGGCUCGUUUAUCAACACUGGGCAAAUUUUCCCAUGGCCAGUUACCCCUAGCAACCAAUCAGUGAUUAGCUUUGUAAAGCCUGCUGCAAGUCGAACAAAGAAUGCAGCAAUUUGAUUGGUUGCCAUGUGUAACUGCCCAUGAGCAAAUUUGCCCAGUGUUGAUAAAUGAGCCCCAGUGACUUCAUGUUGCCAUCAGUAUGGGUCUGUAUUAAAAUAAUUUCACAAUUCACCUUUUUCGUGUCCUCAAUGUUGACACUGACCCUAUAAAUCUUUUAUUGCUCAGUGUAGAUGAAUGUCCAACCUCGGCGUCUUGUAUUAUUGACCCACAAGCUUAUUUGCUGAUAUUGUACUUCAACUUUUAUAUCUCUGUUGUCUUUUACAGUCUAGAAAGCUAGGGUAGUAUGCAACAACCUGGAAUAAAAAGGAUGCUUGUGGAAAACCCAGUGUGCAGGGCUAUGCUGCAGUCUGUGUAGCCCUACUUUAUUUAGGGUGGGCUGUUCAAUAAUCUGUAAAUUAGAUGAUCAUUUACAAGUUCAGUAUUCCUAUCCCACUCAGUAGUGUUGAACUUAAAGCAAAAGCCAGAUAGGCAGUGGUGCUCAUUGGGCUUUGUGCAUAGAUUUACACCAGGUAAUGGACACAAUGUCUCUUUAAAGCUCACAGUAUGACACUCACUCCUUGGUCAUUUAAUGCAUUUUACUUAUUUAAAUAAGCUUUCCAAUAAAUAUCUAACCAAACAUCCCCCAUUAAAUGUCAGUGAUAUUUUAGCAGUAAAAUAGCAUUUCCUGGCUCCAGCAAUCUGAGCAGUGCAAGGCCCAGGAAGAUUAAUUGGCCCAGCCUUAGAAGCUGACAGUUUGUGUGCACUCUUCCACAUAUAAGAUAUUGUCCUUCCCUGUGGAAAAACCUGUUUAUAGAACAGCAUUGUUAUUCCAAGGCAUUGUGCUUACGGGAGCAGAGAGUUACUUCCUUUACUCCUCUGGAGUAUUGCCUGCAGGAUUUGGCCUGUUCCAGUUUCUAGUGGGUGGGCUGUGACACACAACACAGGUGGCUGCACAUUAAUCCUGCAAACCUUAGUACUCCAGGCAAGAACUUAAUCCAAGAAAUGUCUACUAUUCCUAAAGGGGAAGUGAAACCCAUACAAGUUGCUGUUGUAUAGCUGCAGAGGCCUCAGCACAGCCAGGCAAGUGUGUUUUUCAUAAGCAUCUCAUUUGGCUGGUUGGUAGGCCCUGCAUGGUGUGACCUUGUACAGGUAUGGGAUCUAUUAUCGGUAAUGCUUGGGAUCUGGGAUUUUCCAAGAUCUGUUUUGUAAUUUGCAUCACCAUACCUUACAACUACUAAAAGACAUUUAAUCAUUCAAUAAACCAAGUAGGAUUGUUUUGCUACCAACAGAUUUGUGCAGCUUCGUUAAAGGGGUGGUUCACCUUUAAGUUAACUUUUAGUAUGUCAUGGAAUGGCUCAUCCAAAGCAACUUUUCAAUUGGUCUUUUUUAUUUUUAAAUAUUUUUUGAAUAUUUACCUACUUCUGACUCUUUCAAAUGCUCUGUAAGGCUACAAAUACAUUGUUAUUGCUACUUUCUAUUACUCCUCUUUCUAUUCAGGCCUCACCUAUUCACAUUCCAGUCUCUUAUUCAAAUCACUGCAUGGUUGUUAGGGUAAUUUGGACCCUAGCAACCAGAUUGUAUUCAGCCGUUUCAGCAAAGCUUAAUAACUUACAAACCACAAAUAAUAAAAAAUGAAAGCCAAUUGCAAAUUGUGUCAGAAUAUCAAUCUCAAGGAAAUACUAAAAGUUGAUUUAAAAGCGAACAACCCCUUUAAGAUCACAUACUGCUUCAUUAAAGAGAAAAGGGGAAUCAAUUAAAAAAUGUAAUUAUGUGGAGUCUAUGGAAGAUGGUGCUGGGGUUUACAGAUAAGAGAUCCAAUACCUGUAAUGAGUUCCUGUGAUUUCAUAUUUUUUCAUGUUGCAUAGUUAUAUUGCCAAACUGCAAUAAUAGCUCUUCCCGCUGAUGCUGACCUAUCCUAAACCGUCAGCAGCAGUUGCCAGUCGCAUAUCUGCACGAGCAUUCCUUUCUAAAAGGUGAAAUAAGCUACUUUCCUAUUUUAACAUUGCACAACAUGUGAAGCGGUUAACAGAUAAGUGAAUUAUUUCGUUGUCUCACAUUUGCUGUUGUAGGAAGGGGGUAAAUGUAAUAGGGCUUGCAGCAUGGAGUUGCAGUGUUACAGCCUUCCAGAACGUGUGCUCAAACAAUCCUGGCAGCUGGAGGGACAACAUUAUCCUUGGCUUGGCGGGAGGUUUAUGAUGUGCGCUCAAUUUCACAAGUUGUAACAUAUAGAAAAAUAUUCAGGUGGGCGGGAAAUCAUUCAUGCUGUGACUAUGAACAGUAUAUAUAAAUAUAUGUAUAUCUCUAUAGUUUAUAUAAAUCUAUUUUAUGUAUAUGUAUGGUAUUUUAUGCGUUUGGUUGUUGGUGUGGUGAAUGGGUGGAGAGGGCUACGAUAUACCUUUAUAAAGUUUUUUUUGCGAUGAUCCGCCAGUGUACCCUGGCAAUGAAGGGGUUAAUUCUU